GCGGAGUCAGGAGGGGUGGGGGGGUGUCGUCAUCAGAAGGGAGGACAGCCUUAAUGUGACCCUCAGAGCGCUCACUCAGAGGAUCUAAUGUUUCGUUGUUAUGUGAUGAAACUCUAGGAAGUUGCUUCAGUGACUCAAAUCUGACAUUUCAAAAACUAAAACCUGAACAGAUCAGAGGGUCAACGUGACGCAGCAAAAGGAAAAACACACAGAGACGCCAACUGUGACCCAGAGGUCAGCUUCACACGUGUUCUCCAUCAGGAGGGGAUCGAUCCAUUUUAACCACCAAUCCAUUUGAUUCAAGGACGCUAUCGGUUCAUUUAGAAAAACACAAUCCAAAAUAAAACAGUAUUUAUAUCAGAAAUAAUAGACUAUUAAAUUUAUCAAUACAUUAUCAAUGAUAAAUAAUGAAAACAGUAUUUAUAUCAGAAAUAAUAAAUUUAUCAUUAAUACAAAAAUAAUAAAUACAGUAUUAAUAAUAGUGUGACCCCCACCCUUCAGGUAAACUGUCAGGAGGUUUGUUGUUUUUUUUCAGCAUAGAAAAAACACAAAUACGACAUAGACUGGACCACAAUGGCGGCCUGACUUCUCCUCCGCCGUUCGCCAUGACGAUGACGUCACAGACAGGUUGACUGAACUGAGUCAUGCUGAACGUCUUUAUUGUUAUCUGUUAUUAUUAUUAUCCAAAUACAGUCUGCCGUGUUUAAAUCACUACAAUCGAUUUAUGACAUUUUAAAACGAUGUUCGAUCGAUGUAUGUGGUCUGGAAGGCCCACUUGCUGAGCACAGAUCAGUGUAGUUGGAUCGUAGGAAUAUAAAUCAACACAUGGAUGUUGCAGAUGAAUCGAUCCACCCCUGGGACUUUUCUCACUCUUUGUCCACAGGCCCUCCUCAGGGCGCCGUCUCAGGUCUCGUCCUCUCCAUGGACAUUCAGAGAUCUCUGUUUUUAUUCUCCAGACACUCAGGCAGAGUUUUCCUCCAAAUGAAAGAGUUCAAAACAGGCGGUCAGGAUCGGACCAGGAUCCCAUGUCCACGACCCCCCACCAGGAGGACUCCUGGAGCUGAGCUUUGGGAGGGAGGCAGGGGUCCAGAAUCCCAGAGAUGUUUUUAAUCAUGAAAAUGUGUUUAAAAGUUUCACCUUUUUAAUGGACAUGUACUUCAGGAACUCAAAGGUGUAAGUCAGAGUUUCUUUGCUGUUUUUGUAGAUCCAUCAGCCUGGAUGGAUACCUGAAGAUGAUCUCACUCUAUUCUCUUUUUUUCUGUCACAUCACAACAGCUGACUCAAAAAGGAAUUCAGUGACUAAUGAGUCCGAAACGUAAAACCAGUCUGUGACAUUUCUGUGCAACAAAAAGAGGAAACACCCCAGGAAACCUUCAAGGAAGACCUUUCUACAAAGAAAGGUCAAUGCCAUUUUUUCUGGAUGUUUGGGGUAAGAACGGUUACCACGGUUACCACGGCAACGGCGCUGUUUACAUCCUGAGGCUCCAACCUUGGGCCCAGCACUGCGCUGAUAGGAGAGGGCUGGUCUGAGUCACCGUUGUUGCUCCUGGUGUGAAGCUGCUGCUGGAGGAGAGUGAGCUCACUCUAUAUUCAGGACACGAGGUUUUAUAGUGAGGGGGCGGAGCCUGCUGCCACCCUGCAUCACCUUACGGGUGUGUCGACUCUGAUCAGAGUUACUGAAGCGUGGGGAUUCCCUCUGACACUGAGGGGUUCAAACCAUCAACAGAGGGGAAAAUAUAGAAAUAAACGCUCUAGAUCCCCCUCUGACUCAAUAAACCCGUUUACCAGAGGACCACCCCCAGGUGAGCUGGUCUACCAAGACCACCAUGUGAGGAGCAGCUGUGAGCACAGGACCAGGACCAAACCCAGCUCCUCAACCCGUCUCUGAGUCCACUGACAGGGCGCUCUGAACAUGGUCCUCCUCUACAUGUCUCCACCGUCUCCGUGGUUUUGUCCAUUUUGGACCACAUGCAGACAGAAGCAUGAACAAUCAUCUCCAGCUCAGUUCUGGACACUGUGGGCCCGGGUUUGGACCUUCUAGUUAGACAAAUCAAACCAUGAACAUGCUGAUCCAGACUCAGGACCUGGAUCAUCUGGACUCCUGAGAUCAGGACACGUUAGAGAACCUGCUCAGGUGCUGAAGUAAGAGUCUCUGUUUGUGAGCGUGAGGGUCUGCUCUCCAAGGACAGUUUAGAGACAGAUGAGAGACACCUACCAUACCAGGUAUAAAGAAGACAACACAGGGUCCAGGACCGAACCCUGAGGGACUCCAGGAGACAGGGUCAUGGACUGAAAAAGUUCUCCCAGACAGAUGAGGAGAAAACCCGUUUACUGCUGUUCCAGAUCUGUGGUCUGUAGGACUUCGACAAACAGGAGGAGGAACAAGAAGAACCUGAGGUCUGCUUCAGUACUGUGGAUUAAUUCAGUUCUUUAAAACGUAUUUUAAUAUUUGAACAUCGGAUUAUCUCCGAGCUUUAGCUGCGUGUGGAGAUGUGUCAGGUCCACUCGUCUGUUGUUUGUGUUGUUUUUGUCUCGUAGGCUGUUGUGAGAUGUUGUGAGAUGUUGUGGUUGUUGACGUUGUCGUUGUGUUUGUGGUGUUAAUGUUGAGAUGGAGAGAUAAUUGUACAUGUAGACUCCAGGAAGAAGAGCGGUGGCCUCAGCCGAAGCUAACGGAGAUCUAACGAAACGAAACCUUUAAUACAAAGGAGAAGGAACAAAGUCUGUAACACACACUGGACCAACGAGUCAGACUCGCUCACCUGUUAGUCUGAGUCUGACCGACGUGAGGGUCUGAACUCCUGACAACUCCAGGAAGAGAAAAUCAAACUCCAGAUCAGAGGGUGAGUCAGCUUUGUGCUGCUAAAUACAGCCAGCAGAGACUUAAAACCCCGGGGGAGGAGCAGGGAGUGAGGGGGGAGGAGACCAUGUCAUGAUGUCACUGAUGGGUCGUCUGGUUUUCAAGGUUUUUCCCCCUCAGAAGAAGAAGAAGAAGAAGAAGAAGAAAGGAGGUUCUGAUGAAGACCGUCUGAAAUGUCAUGAGUCCUCAGACUCAAAUAUUCACUUCUGCUCUGUUCUCCAAAUCUGUUAAAAUGACGUCACUCCGAGUUUGUCGUGUCUGCUGUAAGGUCAUCCAGAGGGACCUUUAGAGGGCGGGUUCAGGCUCGCUGUUGAAGGCCUGAACCCGCCCUCCUCGCUCUGUGGUUUGGGACAGUCUUCAAUAUGGCGGAGCGUCCGCUGGGCCGCGCAAACGGAGGGCGAGUGUUUAGGGGGCGGUUUGGGAUUGGGCCGUAAUGUUCCGACAGACAGAUAGUUCUGGUCCCUGCAGGACCACCUUACUUACAAGCUCAGGGUCCUGAGGCUGCAUGAGCAGGCCGACCUGGAUAAUCCCUCCUAACCUGAAUGUGUGAGCAGGUGGUCCGUCGCUCUUUACUGCUGUUUAAUGUCUGGAUGUUGUUGGGUCAGCUGUACUGAAGUGUUUCAUAGAUGUAGUUGAGCUAGAGCGCGCUCUCACCUGUCAGGGGUCUCCAGGUGUGUCUUUGUUUACAAACAUCCAUCAUUAUUCUUCCUCUCAUGUCUCUGCUGAGGUCAGAGGACGUUUAUUUCAUGACCACAGAAAACAGGAAUCUGAAACAUUUCAGCCAGAGAGACGCUCGAAUCAGACACCCGCCCAGUCCGGAGGGAGGGAGGGAGGGGCGGAGUCAAGGUCUGCUCUUUCUGUGGGGAUGAUUCAGAGGCAGGAAACACUCCUGUGGAGGGUUUUGCAGAGUGUCCGGGUCUUUAGUUAACUUAUAAAAACCCGGUCUAAUGGAGCUGGACUCACUCUCACCUGCUCAGGUUCGGAAUGACGUGGUCCGGUCUACAGAUCGUAAGUCUGGGUGUUUUUCUCGGACCUGUGUUCUCCUGAUCCUGCAGCUUUUUAACCUCUCUGAAACCUCCACAGAUCUCCAUCGGCCUCCUGCUGAUCCACAACACCUCUGCUGGGUGCGGAGGGUCCAAAUGUUCCUGUCCGGACUCGGUCCAGAACCGCUCUGAGGCUCUGACCAGGAUGUUCGAGCGCGAGCUGAGCAUCCGUAAGAACCAGCCGUCUUGGACAUGCGCAGAGACAGCGAGGCAGAUGAAAAACGACGUCAACGUCCGCGCGCUCUCACCCUGGAGGUACAGGUACGUGGUGCACCUGCACACAGGUAUGGGGGGCAGAAAGGGACAAAAAGACUGAGAGAGCGAGCAGGGACUAAAACCAGGACAGGGAAAGUAGGGGAGACCGGGGUCAGACUGCUCAGGACAGCGUUAACCCUUGAACUCUCAGCUCUAUUUUCCUUUUUCUGGUCCGCCUGUUUUGACUUUUAUGUUUCACCUCGAUCCUUUAAAUCACAGCAGAUAUAAACUCACCUUUGUUUCAGGACAGCCUCAGAUUCAGUUUAUGAUGUCAAAUAAAUAUGACAGGAGAUUCAGAACCAUCAAAGUCAUCCAAAGAACAAAAAAACGGACAUUAACACCAACAGAACUUUGUUAAAAAACCACAUAAAUCUACAGUGACCACGCCUUUUCUCACCUGAACAUCAUUCCAUCAAGUCUUGGAUAUCAGGAGGGGAACUGAUAAGAUUUUAUCGAUAUCGAUGCCUUUAUCAAUUCUGUUUAUUGAUUCAAUUCUUUAAUGAUUCCCUCAUCAAUGCCUUUGAAUUAAAAAAUUAAAGGUAGACUAAAGGUUUUCACUGUUAAAUCUAAAUGUUAUUGAGUCUCUGAUAACAGAAACACAGAAACAGAUGUGUGCCACCUUCAGUGAGAGUCUAAAAUAAUCAUUUGUUCAGCGUUUCUGACAUGUUUUAUGUUCAUGUUAACACAGGACAUAUGUUAGGGUGACCAUGUUCUCAAUCCCCAGAAAGAGGACACGACUAUGCAGACUUGUGCGAGAAAUUUCAGUUUGUUUUUGUCUGUUUUUCUGGAAAGGUCAUGUGUUUUUUAUGCACUCCUAACUCAGUUAAACACAUUAUUCUGCACAUGCUGCGUCACGUCAGUGGCUUUACUUAGAAGUGAGCGAAGGGGCGGAGCUGCAGAGAGGACUGAUCCUCUGCUCUGUUUUAUCAUCAAUGAAAACACGUUCAGGACAUUUGAAGGAUUUUAUAAACUCCCCCGGACAGCCCCCCAAAAGAGGACAUGUCCGGGUAAAAGAGGACGUAUGGUCACACUAACAUACGUACCUUCAAUGCUUUUCCUCUCUGUUGGGCGGAUUCUAAAGCGUGUUCCUUUAAUGAUUUCAUUCAGACUCUUCAGAUAAGCCGAAAACAACAGUCCUCUGAUUCAGAAUAUUUACUGUCCUGAAAAUAUUACGUUCUCUACCUUGACAGUUUACUGUAGAGUUCUAAACAAGAACUGGUUCUGGAGUCCCAUCCCAAGUCUUCUCUAUCAGGAGAAGAAAUACUGAGAUUGGAACAAACACACAACAGAAACUAUUAACAUACAGUAAUUCAAAUAUCUCCAUGUGUGUUUAUUUCAGGUCCUUAAAACGACCAUUACUCCUCUGUAGACCAGGAACACUGGCGCCUGAUACAUGUUCAGACCAUGUGAUAUUCUAAUUAACAUAUUUCUAUGAUAGAUGAGUGAUUACAAGAACAACUAGUGUCCCACGGUCAGAGUCAUAUGAAGAUAUUUGAGUUUUUCGGGGUGGUGAGAGUAUUUUCUCAUUUACAGAGAUAUCCAAAGUCCCCUCCUCCUCCUCCUCCCUCUGACUCUAGUCUGUCAACAAAAUAAAACAAGAAUUUUAAAGGGUCUUUAUCUAUUGUUCAGUUUUCUGUAAAUGUCUGUAAAUUAGUAUAUAUUUAAUUAGAUAUGACCUCAUUUACAUAUUCAAACAGAACAUUUGACUAAACCUGAAAUAUAAAAAAUAUUUGUCUUAAAGUUAUUAACUCUGGAAGUUUCACGCUGAUAUCUGUUAGUUAAACAUUUUACCCUGUUUACCCAGGGGGGUCUCCCCGGGCUUCCUACCAUCAUGGACGCCAUCUUGAAAAUGACGCCUUUCUAGUGGUCAAACUUUGGUAAACUUUAGUUUGUUAUUAAGGACGUCUAAUACUAUAAAGAACAGCUGAGGAACCUAAAUUCACCCGUCUGAACGUGGUUUGGGAUCAUCUGAAGGUCGUCCCUGAAAUAAAUCUUUGUCAGGAUAAAAAAGAGUUGAGGAGAUGCUCGCUGUUAGAAUGACUGUACUUAUAUUAUAUUAUUAUUAUUAUUAUUAUUAUUAUUAUUAUUAUUAUUAUUAUUAUUAUUAUUAUAUUAUAUUAUUAUUAUUAUAUUAUAUUAUUAUUAUUAUUAUAUUAUAUUAUUAUUAUUAUUAUUAUUAUUAUUAUUAUUAUUAUUAUUAUUAUAUUAUAUUAUUAUUAUUAUAUUAUAUUAUUAUUAUUAUUAUAUUAUAUUAUUAUUAUUAUUAUUAUUAUUAUUAUAUUAUAUUAUUAUUAUUAUUAUUAUUAUUAUUAUAUUAUUAUUAUUAUUAUUAUUAUUAUUAUUAUUAUUAUAUUGUUAAAUAUUCAGUUUGCUCUUGAAACCCUUCCGUUUGAUGACUCUGCUGCUCUCUGUGAUCGUCUGCUUCAGGCUGGACCGGGACCAGGACCGGAUCCCUCAGGACAUUUCGGUAGCAGAGUGUCUCUGUAAGGGCUGCAUCGUGAACGGGAGAGAGGAUGAGAGCUACGUCUCAGUUCCCCUCGUGGGCCGGCUGCUCGUCUACAAGAAGACUCAAUGUGAAGGGGACCCCAACAAAUACAGGCUGAUCCGGGAGAUGAUGUCGGUCUCUGUGGGCUGCACCUGUUUGGUACCCAAGUACACCGAGUCGUCGUCUUCUCGUUUUCCUUAAAAGGUCUCACAGUUUCUUUUUCAUUUUGCUGCUCAGUCUGGAGUUUAAAUACGAGCCCAAAAAUAAGAACAGUGUUUUUUUUUACCUGAUCGACUGUCUGUCGAAAACCUGACGUCUCCUGCUUGACCAAUCAGAAUCCAGUAUUGAACACAUUAUGGGAAUACGUCAGGGUUAUCCGUCUGUGAAACACGUUGAAGAUUGUAAACUUUUAAUUUAAGCACAUUUAAGCUAGCAUUAGCAUGUAGCUCAAAGCCAGUCUGUACAGAGAUGAUAACCUUUUAUUUAAUGCUGUAAGUUUUAAUAUGAACCGGACGUUUAAGCUUUUUUUAAAUAAGUAUACAAAGGAAGAAAAAAAACAUAAAAUUCAGUGUGAUAAAAAAAACAAAAACAGAACAAUGUGCGAUAUGUAAAGCGAGGUUAAAAGCUCUUAAGUGUAAACAAAGUAAAAUCAUUUUAGAUGUGAAGGAGUGAAUGUUAGAAGGAGGUUCUCAGAGGACGUCAGUGAUAAUAACUGAUGUUUGUAUUGCACUUUAAAAUUAAAUAACAAUGUGUCUCACAACAAAGACACUAAAAGGAUAAUCUCUAUGACACACAAAAAUAAAACACAAAAACACAGAGCGGAGCUUCAGCGAGGGAUGAACUGUCAAUCUUUCCUUUUUUAUGAAUCGAGAAGCGUUUUCUUUUAGUUUAAACCUGACAGAGCCGAUCCUCUAACUGGUCACAGAUAAUUGAUCAAUAUUUGUCAUGUGUUUGUGUUCACUCUAAAUGAGGACAGUGUGGACCGAUGUGGGCUCACAUGUGACAUAAAUCUAAAUAAAGAGGUGGUAUGAAGCUUUUCUCUCAAGUUGUCAUGUUGGAUAUCUGAGCUAAACCUGGGCUGAGGAGGAGGAGGAGGAGGAGGAGGAGGAGGAGGAGACUGCAGGCUGUUCGUAACAGGGACAGAAGGGGGCGCAAUUAAGACAUCGCCAACAGGUACAUUUCCUUAUAAGGGCAUUAUGAAUGUAACGCUCACAUGUUCUUCAUGAGAGUAACUUCUUUAAAAUAUAAUCAGUCAAAUCAUGACAACAUUCAGAGUCCUAAAGAGAGCCGAGUACCGCCUCGUUAAAUUAUAGAUAUUUAUUUGUGGAAAUGCUUUAAAAGACCAAACUCCUUUGAGUUUGUUUUAUUUUGUGUUUUAUUUUGUUUUAUUUUUUUAGUGUUUUUGACAUUUAUAAAAGUAUAUAUGAAUAUAUAAAUGUAUUUUAAAGUUGUUUUUUUAAAAUUGUGACCAAAUGUGACGUUUAAGCGAUCCGUGUGAGAGAGCCGGUGAAUCUCACGGUAAACUGACCUCAGGAAUCCUUCACUGUCCCUGCAGAGAUCAGAGCCAUGCUGAUUUAUUUCACUCUGUUUUCACUGGUGCUACAGCCGAAUGAAUGAAUGAAUCCAUGAUCCUGUCCUUUAUGACUGAGCACUUUUUGUUUUUCAACACAUAAUUAAAGACUUCAUUCUGCGCUCGUUUUCCUCGUGUUUGUGUCUCGACCGCAUCUUUACAUAAACUCUUUCUCCUCCAGCUUUUAUUCUAUGUGAGGAAUCAAACGUAAAGUAUUCCCACAUUAUUAUGAGAAGCAUUAGUCAGAGUUAUUACUUAUAGAAAAAUAAGCUCAUUUUACGUGUGAAAUAUUCACACUCAUAAUUUUGACACUCGGAUUUUAGGCCUAAAGGACACAAUAACAGGAAUAAAGACCUUCAUUUUCAAAGCAACCUGGUUUAAUCUCAAUAACUGAAAAAGUAAAGUGUCCCG